GAUGAUUGUUCAAGGGGGACUUACUUUUGUUGUUGUGUAUAUUUACAUAGGGUACCGGUAGUUCUCUCUCUUGCACUGUAUGCAUUUCGCACAGAGGAUUUGGCGUUUAUUAUUAACAUAUUGUCUGAUUAGCAUAAAAGAAUCAUCCUCAUUAUCCUUGUAGCACCUCGGUACGGUGAGGCCUCGGUAGAAAACUAAUCCAUACAAGGCCUAAGGAUCAAGGAUCGUGAUGUUGAUUUAGUAAUGAUGAGCUGGAAGGCAUCCGUCUGACAUCGAACUGAUGAUAUUUCAGCUCCAGUCGUUACCUCCCUCCACGUCAUCAGUUCCACAUGAUUAGUCAGCGAAUCGAUGGGGAUAUGCACCGCUCGUAAAACAACAACUAUAGGAUGCUUGCUCGGUGUCAUCCCAAAUAUUAAUCACCUUUCUCUAUAAAUAAUCGGUCUCGACCUCAGACUAACGAAAACAAUCAUUACAAUCAUGGCGGAUGCAAGAAGGAUCUCCGAGGCGAAGGAGCAUAUUGAGGCGGCCGAAAAGAGCUUGAAGACGUCAUUCUUCAAAUGGAAACCAGACUUUGGCAGUGCAGCUCAUGAAUAUGAACAAGCUGCUAUAUGUUUGAAGAAUGCCAAGCAGCCUUUAGAAGCUAAGAGGGCGUAUAUCAAUGCUGCAGGUGCUCAUAGAAACAACGAUGCUUUGUUUCAUGCAGCCAAGCAGUAUGAACAUGCAGCUUUCAUUAUGAGGGAUCUGAAAGAUUGGGGUGAAGUGAUGGGAUUAUUUGAGAAAGCAGCAAGUCUAUACACAGAGCAUGGAACGCCUGAUACAGCUGCUAUUUGCCUUGAAAAGGCUGCUAAAAUGAUGGAAACCGUCAAUCCCAGGAUGUCAUUAGAAUUAUAUCAAAAAGCUUGUGAUGUUGUUGAGUUGGAAGAUCGGCCACGUCAGAUUGUAGACUUCUUGGGAAAGUCAGCGCGUAUUCUAAUUAAGAUUCAAGAUUACGAUGAAGCAUCAAAGAUACUGUCAAGAGAGAGAGAUCUCAGGCGUGAUCUAGGUGACAUCGAUGCAACAAAUCGAACGGUUUCAGCAUUAGUUCUUGUUCAUCUAAAGAGAGGAGACUAUGUUGCAGCGGAUAAAAUAUGUAACAUCGCAAUGGGGUUUGAAGGUUAUGCUGAGAGUGAUGUAGCAUCAGCGUUAGCCUGUCUCUUAGAUGCUUAUGAUAAACAGGAUGAAGAUACCUUUCAUCAGAUCUUAAAUCUUCCACUCUUCAAAUAUAUGGAUAAUGUUUACGUCAUAUUAGCGAAAAGUUUACGAGUCCCAGGAGGAAGCAGGCCGAAGCCGAAGAUAGCAGCAGCCGCGGUACCGGCAGGUGAGAUGGGACCGGUAGGAGGAGCGGAAGGAGGUGAUGACAUCGUGGAUGAGGACGAUGAUGAUGAAGAAUUUGAUUUGAAAUGAAGCCUGGAGGUAUGGAGGGUGCAUCUUGAAGCCAAGUAUUAAAGACCAAGCUAUCUCAGAGACUGUUUCUCCUGCGAUGUAGAGUCAGAAUCCUGGUCCGAUUCUUAGCCUAGGCGAUUGGAGUAGUGUAGAUGGUUGAAGAGGACUAGGUGAGAUCGUAGCAGGUUCAUUCUGCCCUACUCUGACAAGAAGAAGCAGAUGAUAGAUAUCAACUAAACUUGAGUUUUUAUGUGUUUACAUUUUACAAAUCAAUUUCUUCUUUCGGACAAAAUUUCAUUGAAAAUACACCGAUGCUGCUAUGAGAGAGCUGGUUAACUAUCAUGCUAAUGCACUGACAUCAAUGUAAAUAACAGGCUCAUUUUGCUCUUUUAAAGGAAAUUACACUCUUGUUAGUUGAGUCCUUUUGUCAGAGUAGGGCAGCAUAGAUAAAUUUCAUUGCAAGGUAGUCAGAGGGAAGUCUCUCUUUUGAGAUUUGGGAGCCAGCUGUUUGAAUAAUCUGCAAGAACAGUCGAAGAUCGUGAUGGAAAAGAACUUUCAGGUUUGAAGUGAGUCGAUAUGCUGAGCACAAAUUUAUCUCAAACAAGUAUUACUCUGUGUUUCAAAUAUUUGUGAGUGUGUUUUGUCAGUAAUUGCAUUGUGUUUCAUCAGAUGUAGAAUUGAAUUGAAUUUCAAAUGAAGUGUUAUGCUCCUAAGGAAAGUAUACAACUCUUUUUGAUUGAAGAGUAUUGAGAACAAAAUUAGAAUCAGUAAUAGAAGUAGGAGUGUCCUUGUUUUGCAGGAGAUUGCAAAAAUGUAUUUAAACUUUUUUGAAAAUUUUCAAUAAACAUAAUUCACAUUUACACUGUCAACAGUAUUCUAGGAGAUCUAUAUUACAAGCUACCAUCAUUGGAAUCUCCAAUAUGAUUAUAUGGCCAAAAGCCUAGAUGUUCUGAAACCAUUGUUGAUCGUGUUGUGUUGUAGACAGUACUCAGAUUGCUGUGAAGUGUACAAGAAAAUAUUUUAAAGCUGUCUUUGGUGCAAUAAUUUGUGUACCCCCAAUUGCUGGGGCAAAAAAAAUAAAUGGAAAAGAAAAUGAUAAUAUUAUAAAUGUAUAUGUUUUGUUAUAGUAUAUAAGACAUUCGUUGUCUGCUAAAGGAGUCAAUUACUUUGAAUUAUUAUUUUUUCACUGUGAGCUCUAAAUGUAGUUAAAAAUAUGCUUCUAAUUCAGCGCUUCUCAACCUUGUUUUACUUGAGGACUACUUUGACUCUCAGAUUUUUUUCAAGGCCCACGUACCAAAAUUUUAAGAAAACAUGCAUUUUAAUGAAAAAAUUUGUUUUCAUGAAAUUGGAACACAAAGCUCUGAAGCACAUUGGAAACAAAUAGUUUGAGAACUAAUCUGCAUUCGCAAAUGUCCGGUAAAUGGGCGACAAUUAACUGCAUACACAAUAUGCAUGCAGAAGAGGUUUACAUCAAAGUUAGAUCGAAACCAUCAUAAUAGUGUGCAUGUGCAUGCUUUGCAACAUGCAUGAUACUAAAAAAAAAAGCGUGCUUUGGUUUUGUUUGACCCACGUAGACCGAUCAGACAUAACAUGUACUAUAGUUUUUCCCCUAUUUUUUUUUUUCUCUCUCUGGAGCUUCUCGCGGCCCACCUGAGAGAGCUUUGCGGCCCACCGGUUGAGAAGCGCUGGUCUAAUUGAUUUGGUGACUAUAGAGAGACAUGAAAAUGACACUCAAUCUUGUCAACCAUCAAGUCAUUAAGUCCAUUGCUGGAUGGGCAGAAUAAGAGUUUCCCAUAGUAUAUCAUCUGACUGAAAAGUUCAUUAAAUCACGAUGGGUGAUUUCAAGUUCAGUGUUGGUAUUGAUAUGGGAAACACAAUUCAGAUUGACUUCCAUUGCUCCAAUUCCAAAUCAGAGUUUAAAUAAUGAUUUAAAUCAGCAUUGUCAGCUCAACACCAGAUGAGACUUGCCCUAUGACCAGUCCUAUUUGUACAUUUUUGAUGUUGUGCUGAUGUAAAAAUGUGGUCAACACCAAAAUGUCAACACCCAAGUUUUGAAACCACCUACCUUACCAGAGGGAAAACUAAAAGGGAGUUGAGCUUUAAUGCCUUAAAAUAAUAAUUUUUGAAAAUGUCAGAAGUAGCCCAUGUGGGUUGAAAAAGAGACCUAUGAAUUUUUGUUGGGUCUAAGUCAAAACCUGAAGUACACAACAAACAUGUAUCUGCCCCCUUAUUUCAAAUGCAACUUUGGAAUACUCACAUCAUGGCUUGCACAUAGUAGCAACCAAGCAAUUGACUAAUUAUAAUCUUAUGAGCAAGUGUUCAGAUUGGGUUCAUUUAUGCCAUGAAAAAAAAAUAAUAUUCAAUGUUUCAACUUUUUAAAGGGACAUAUAGUGUAGCAUUCUAAAUAAUUGCUAUGGUGUCCCAAAAUUUCGUUACCUAUAAAAUCCUACAUCCAAUGAUUAUAUUUCUAAUAUUCAACAUAGAAUAGAACAUGGAAGUAAAAUUUAAAAAUGAAUGCACUUGGCCAUACAGGUUUGCAUAUAUAUACAUAUAUAUAUAUUGUCUAGAAUCAUGAGGUCUAUAGACAAUAAUUCCCUGAAUUAAUAUGACAGGUGCACCAUACAGCAUCAGAACUGCCAAUCUAUUCUAGAAUGCUUCAUUGAUCAUCUUACAGCAUGACUGAACAAGAGGUUACUGUGUAAUUCAGAUACGAAGGGCUUUCAAAGGAAGUCAUUUCAAUUAACUGUAAAAUAAUAAGUGAAAGUGACCUUCAUAUGCGACAUGACUCGCCUUUUGAAGUGAUACAAUGUCAGUCAUGGCCAAUAAUGUGAUGGGGUUACUGCAAUGUCGAUGUGGUUUUAUUCCACUUUGAAUUGAAAUUACAGUAGGUUGAUUGUGUUCAUGUAGAUUGUGAAUAUCGUGGUAUACCAUUAGAGUUCAUGCUGUUCUUUUGUUUAGAAUUGAACAAUAAAACGCCCAUUUGUCAGGUAGCAUAAAGUGAGAACCAAUCUUUCUGCAGGAUUCAUACUCGGCACCUUUUCGCUUGUAAUCCUCAAAUUUCUGAGACAGAAGAGAAAAGAUUCUGUAAGGGGAUCCUGUAGAUAGAUGUGGCCUGAACUAUUUACAGGUUGCAAGAGAAACCACAAUUUGAGGAAAACACAGACCUGUUUAGACAACUGUGUAACUAUUAGAUGUAGUCAUGAAAGUAUAUUUAUGUUCUUUAAAAAUUGAGCUGUGAUCUCUGAUUCAAUGUUGCAGUUCACAUUUUAAACAUUUCUUCCUAUCUCUUUCAUCGAAUGUCUUCUUUAUCAUUUGUUAAAUAGUGCAGAUAGCUAUAAAGGGCAUGUAUAGCAACGAUGUAAUGAAGUGUAUGUUUGAACAAUGAAAGUCAACCAGAUUAUUUGCACUGUAUUAUGAAAAAAAAAAAUCUGCAACUCAAAUUGUCUAUGCACUUGAUAGGUUUAUGAUGUAACUUGACUAUGUUCGUUAAUAUUGAUUAGAUAAGGUUGCUUGCUACAGUGAUCAACGAGAAAUGUGGCUGCACAGAAAAAUUGCUUUUCAUUUUCCACAUCUCACAGAUACCAUAGCUCUUAAAAAACAUGGUAUUAAUUAUAUGCACAAUUAUAUUAAGCUAGUUUGUGUAUUUUUAAGAGCUGCUACAAUCAAAUUUAAUGUAAAGUGAUAUGACCAGUCUAGCAUCGUUGUGUCAUAGGAUUAAAGGGGAAUCCAGCCUUGGCCAUAAAAUGUUGUGUUGGGAAGGAGAAAAAUAAAUUAAACAGAAUGGUGAAAGUUUGAAAGAAAUCUGACAAGCAAUAAGAAAGUUAUAGCUGCUUUAAAAUUGAGAUCACUAAUAGUAUGUAGAUUUCAAAUUGGCAACUGGUUAAGUAAAUUAUGACAAGGGGCAAGGACAACUUUCCCAUAGGCCAAGUACUUUAUUAUCAGGGAUUUGUGGUUUUCUCCUAAGUACCCAUUCCCCUGGGGCAGUAAUCUAAAUAUAACCCAGGUAGUAUAUUGUUUUAUGUCCUCAUGAAAGAAAAAUAUAAUUUGAAAUAAAACUUUUGGGAAAAAUGACAUUUUAGCCAUAAUAUGUAUUGGAGUACAUGGAAGAGUAGUCCUUGCCUUACAUCACUAUGACAUCCCAUAUGCGGCCAAUUUGAAGUCUCCAUGGGUAUAGUGAUUACUAAUAUUUACAACUUUUAAAAAUUCAUAACUUUCUUGUUGUUUGUCCAGUAUUGUUCAAACUUUCACCUAUCAACUAUCUGAUUUUUCUCUUUCUUAUAAAAACAAGUUUUUAUUUGGGUUGGAUUCCCCUUUAAGCUCUUUAAAACUUAAAAUUAAUGAAAAAUACACCAUACAUUGGAAUUUUUUAAAUAGAAUUAUGCAAUAUUUUUGCAUGGUCUAGUGGUUACGACUCUCGUCUUUUAAUCAGAGGGAGGUGGGUUCGAAUCCAAGCCAUGGCAUGUUUUCCUUUAGCAAGAAAUUUAUCCACAUUGUGCUGCACCCGACCCAGGUGAGGUGAAUGGUUACCCGGUAGGAUUUAAUCCUUGAAUGCUUUAGCACCUAUACGGUGGCUCAGCUACAGCCGGGGUAAUAAUAUGAUACCAAGUAUCAAGCGCAGUAGAGUAUACUAGUAUGCAAUUAUAGUAGCUGCGCUAUACAAAUGGAACAUAUUAUUAUUAAACACAAGGUGUGUAUUGUUUUGAACAUUGGCAGGAAUCAACUUGUAUUUUGAUUACAGUAGCUUUUGAUAUCACCACCACCAGACUUCAAAAUUUGCCAAAUUAUGGUCUCACGUGGUAUUUCCAAGUUCUUACAAUUAUUUUUAUUCCCAUUGUUGCUUCAUUAUAACAUUUCAGCGGAAUUUUCGUUGUAACACAGCAAAAUUUGAAUAUUUUUUAUUUAUACAUACAAAUACUUGGAUGGUCAUUUUAUUGGACCCUGAUUGACUCAAGUGGCACUUUUGUUUAAGUGAACAAUUGCAGCUACUAUUUUAAUAUAGGAAUUGUACUCAUCAUCAUCCUAAAUCCCACCGUAUUUGAAAUGUUACUAGGAAAGCCAGUGUUGCACUAUAUAGAUGAAUGCAUUUUGUAAUUUGGUGGAGUUUUCUUUUUUUUCCCCCUUUAGAUUACCGUUUUUGUUUAGUCUGUGAUAAUUGUGUCUAUUGAUUUGUACAUAAACACACCUCAUUUCAUUCUGCGAUAUAUGUAUAGUACUAUUUACCUACAGGCCUAUUCAUCAUAUGAUGGAUUUUUUUUUGCCUGACCCCAUAUGUUCUGUCUUCACUUGAACAGAGAUAAUCAUUUAGGAAGGUCCCCAAUAUAGGUGGUCAGAUUACAAACUUUAUGGAACUGUCCUACAUCUUUUACAGUGUAAUACAUGUUGGAUGUAUUCAUUUGUAAAGUUUGUCCCAAUACAAAGACUGAAAUAACAACACACUUUAUAGUCAGAUUGUACAAAGUAAAUAUAGAACUUUGAUUUUAUUUGCAAGACCAAUUAAAUCGUACAUUCCAAUACACAUUUUUUUUCUUCACCAUGUUAUGUUACACUUUAUAAGAACUAUUACUGGUAAGUAUAAUAAACGUUAAAGUGGAUUUAAUCCACUUGAUAAAAUAAUGAGUUGUACUGUUGAUAAAAAGGCAAUAUUGCAUGUCUUUGAUUGUUUACCUUUAUGGUAUGAGGGAGGGGGGUGUUUCACAAAGCUUUAAGUGUGACUUAAAGUCAUGCUUAGUGCGACAUUAAAUCAUACUUAACUCUUUGUGAAACACCCCCAGGUAGUAGUAUUCAAAACAUAAUUUCUUUUUAAGUCAAUAUAUAUUCUUUUACAAUUUUAUACCAUUUUUUCUGAUGAUUGCAUGAUUAAUUUAAAAAUAUGAUAAAAAAUUGAUAAUGUAUGAUCCCAUUGAUGAAACCCAGUGGCACAUCCGGCACUGGCCUCGAGUAUAAUUUUACCAAUGCAGCAAUGUUCUUGUAUACCACACGCAACUGAAUUUCAUUGAGAUUUAUAGUCACACUUCACUCUUUGUGAAAUAACUCCACAUUUAAUAUUUAACCAGCAGGGACAACCAUUUUCCAGUAAAUAAACGGAAAUUCCGUUUGGUUCUUAUACUUAACUUUCCAUGUAAAAAUUCAUGGAAUUCACAUUUGCAAAGAGAAUUCAGGUUUUUGCUGUGUACAUUUUCACUGACAAAACGGAAUUUCCAUUAUUAGAUCAAGUUGAAACAGAAUUACAGAUUUUCCAAAACGGAAAAGACCAUUUUUCAAAACGGAAAAUCACUGUCUCUAAACCAGUGAUUUAUGAUCUCAAGUGCAUGGUUAUUGUACUCAAUUUAUACUGUUUGAAAUUAUUU